AUGACCGUUACUGAGCGACCGGUCCGUUCAGAGGGAGUUUGCGUUACCACUUUUGCGGGGGUCGCGCAAAUCUGGCCGGUACCGAUUUGUUUGUUUCUUCCUCGUAGGUUUUUUGCUCUGACUUCUCUCCGCUUGCUGUUCCUGCUUGCGUUUACCCUUAUGGUUGUAGUUUGUCUAGAUCAGUGGAAGCACAAAAUCUGGCCUGAAAUUGGAGUGGCAAGACCUGACGAAUUAGACAAUGAGAGCUGGGGAUACGUUCACCCUCGGCUGCUCGGAGUGCCAGAACUCUGUCACCAUGUGGCUGAAGGCUGGGUGGCUGGGACCAACUUCUUAAGUAAUCUCUUCAUUUUCAAGAGACAAAACCCUGGAAAGUUUUGCCUUCUAGUGUGUGGAGUCUUUACCUUCCUGGCUGUCCUGGGCCGGUACAUCCCUGGACUCUUGCUCUCAUACUUGCUUUUGCUCUUCAUCCUGCUGUGGCCCCUCGCUGUGUACCACAGGCUGGGGCAGCGCAUGUACAUGAAGCUGGAGCCAGCUCUGCAGCGGCUGGAUUUCAGCGUUCGAGGCUACAUGAUAGCAAAGCAGCGGGAGAAGCAACUGCGUCGCCGAGCCCUGAAUCAGGAGGCUGUGGAUGAUGGGAGUGACAGCGAAGAGGAGCUGGCCGCGUUCUGUCCCAAGCUGGAUGACUCCGUGGUUGCCAAGGAACUGACCAUCUCUGACUCGGAGCAUUCGGAUGCUGAGGUUUCCUACACCGAGAACGGGAUGUUUAACCUUUCGAGGGGCCAGACUCCCCUGACAGAGGGCUCGGAAGACCUGGACGGUCACAGUGACCCCGAAGAAUCUUUUGCCAGGGAUCUCCCUGACUUCCCUUCCAUUAACCCAGAAGCAACUGGCAUAGAUGACGAAGAUGACACCAGCAUCGGGAUCCCCAGUCUGGCUUCCCGUCUGCAAGCAACAGGAGAUCUGCAUCUCCCCUACGACCAGGAAGAAUCUGGCGCGCUGCCAUCUGUGCAGAACCUGACUGACAACAUCGCCGGGUUUGUCACCAGAGGGAUGAUUCAGCUGGCGCUGUCGGGAGCCCCUCAGCCGGGCUCCUCCCGCAGCGGCGGUCCCCAGAGAGGGGCAAAGACUUACCUUAGAACGGCCAGCUCGGACUUGGACACUGAUGCGGAAGGGGAUGACUUCGAACUGCUGGAUCAGUCCGAGCUGAACCAGCUGGAUCCUGCAGGCUCGCGGGGCCAGUGA